AGACAUUGGGUGCUUCGAUCAGACUUUAUACUUGCUCUGUUUCGAGGCAACUUAAAGGUGUGCAGUGAUUGAAUACAUUAAUUGUUUUAUCUUGGAGCAACACUAUGGUAUAACAAGGAGACAGAAAUAUAAGGUUCUCCGGAUGAUACACUAGAGGGAUGGUUAAAGCUCCAAUGUUCAUUUUGUGUCUCUUUACUCUGUGUUAUCUCCCGGAGUGUUUAAUGCAGACCAUUACAGUCGAAGGUUACUUUGGCAACAUCAAAAAGUUGACAUAUGAGAUUUUUGAUGCCGAGGCUAACUUACCUGAGUCCCUUGCUCAUUGUGCAACAGUUGGGAUGGGGAAAGCUAGCACGAAUUCGGCUACAUUCAUGUAUGUUCGAGCGAAAUUACUGGAAUACGGGUGGCCUCAGAAUAAAUCCUUGGUAUUCCCUAUUUACUACCCAUAUGACGCCACAUAUAAAUGGUAUGAUGUCAGUAGAUGUAACGUUUACAGAAGAAAUGAUGGCGUCCCAAUAGCAGGGUCUCCAACUGAGAGAUGUGCUAAACUUAUCAUGGACCCAUUCAGUCAAUACUUAUGGGAGGCUGUCAAUUGUUCAACGAGGCUUCCAUUUCUUUGUCACAAAGGAUACAAUAUAGAUAGCACGGGGAAUGAAACAUACAUAGGAACACAAAUAGACCAAAACAUCACGGAUGAAAGCGUUCUUUUCCAGGUAUUUACCAACAUGAGCACUCCCCUGGAUUGCGAGGAACACUGCCUCAGGAGAGUACGGAUUUGUAUCGCCGUGGAAGUCGUUCAGAUCAACGACACAGACUUUGAAUGUACCGGUGCCAUGAUUAAUUUCAAGCAGUACUUCAAUCUUAAUAUGAGUGUUCAGGUUAACUUGAUUCCGGCGCCUGACAAUUACACAGUGUUUGUCAAGGGAUUAAAUCAAAGUGAUGAAGUUAUUAUAAACAAUGGAUCGUCCUUUGUAACGUCCAUAAACUUUACUGAAAAUAAUCUGGGAUGCUCAUAUAACUACGAUUUUCCAACGACAACAGUAGCUCCGAACUGCAGUUGUCUGUGUUCUUUUACCAAUUACACCGACUCCGAGCUUCAGGCCUGGAUACAGCAAAUAAAGAAUCAGCUACUUCUUAAUAAAAAGGAAUUGUCCUCAAACGCUCGAAAGAAGAUUUCGGCGAGUGACCCUCGAGCCUCGUCACAGACUAUUGGGAGUUUUGGUGCCAUAGUCAUUGUAACUGUUAUAGGAAUUAUUGUAAUUCCAGACAUACCGCUCAUUUUAAAACAGAUCAAAUAUUUAUCUAAAAGAUGAUUUGUAUAAUUGCUGAAUAAAGGGUCAAAGGAUUCCUAACA